GGCAGCGGCGGUUCCCAUGGAGAUGGAAGAUGGCGGCGCGGAGCCGCCAGCGCUCCUCGGCCCCGCUGCAGGUCCUUCUCUUCCUCAACGGGUGGUACAGCGCGACCUACUUCCUGCUGGAGGCGUUCAUCUUCGCCUACAAGGUGCUGCUGCUGCCGUACCCGCUCACCAACCUGCUGCUGGACGUGCUGCUGCUGCUGCUCUACCUCGGCAUUGAGGCCACGCGCAUCUUCUUCGGUUCCAAGGGCAACCUGUGCCAGCGCAAGGUGCCUCUGGCCGUCUGCCUGGCCCUCACGGUGCCAGCGGCCGUCAUGGCGACCUACUGCCUGCUGCUGCAGACCUACGCCCUGCGUCUGGAGGCCAUCCUCAGCGCCAUCCUCCUGCUCUUCUACUCCGUGGAGCUGCUGCUGGGCGGCCUGGCGCUCGCCUCCUUCUCUAGCGUGGAUGCAUACUGAGACCCCGCACCAGAGGGCCACAGCAGCACAGGCACACGAGAUGGCAGCCAGCAGGCGGCACAGGCUCCAUCCCCCAGCCCGUGGCAGCGAGCCAGACCCACACCAGCACCUGUGGGCAGUGCCAGGGUUGUCCUCCCUCCUGCCUCCCUGGGCAGCACUGGCCCCGCUGCCACCUGACCCCGAGGCUUGUGACACACAGGUCAGUUCAAGCCUAAAAAAGACCUGUGGAGGCGGGUUUAUCCUGUCCAGCAACAGUUCUGAAGGCGAUGCCACCCAGCUGGCAUCCCUGGGGGCUGGCUGGUGGUUUGGGGCUCCUUAGUUUGCCUGAACCCCUCGGGCUCCUCCGGUGCACAGCCUUAGCUGGAAGGACCUGUAUGGGGCUACGAGCUCCUCCUGGGCCUUGAAACGGCUGCGCACAGCACUGUGCAGCCCCGCUGGGCAUAGGGACCUCAUGGCCUUGUCCCUGCCACCUGUCCCAGCUUGCAACUGCACUACCGCGCACAGAAAUGCUGCUGGGAAGGGGACACGCAGUCCCUGAGGCCGGGGUUUGCAGCUCUGCCUCCUCUGCUUCCUCUAAAACAAGGAAGGCUCUGUGGGAGAGGCUGGCUUCGUGUGAGGCCCCACCAGCUCCUGGCAGCCAGAGCUGCUGCUCUGGGAGACGAACGUGGAGGCUGCGAUCCCGCUGUGAAAGCUGGGGCGAAGGGGGUGACCCCAGCCCAGCUCUCUUCCAGCUGAAAUGGAAAGCUGCGUGCCUCUGAGCCCCCGCGCCCCCGAGGAUCCAUCCACUUCCAUCCCCACUCCUGGAGGGCUGAGAGAGGGACGGGCUCACGAAACUCCCUCCGUGAAAAUAAAGCACCAUUUCUCUUUG